AUGGCCAAUUUUGGGGAGAUUUUAGAAGCUAUUGGAGAUUUUGGACUCUUUCAGAAGCUUCUGUUGUUUGCCUUGUGCUUUCCAAACCUUAUAUUGCCUUUUCAGUUAUCCAGCCUUGUGUUCAACCAUGCAGACACCAACCAUCACUGCAACACUGACUGGAUCCUUAAGGCUGAUCCCAAUCUGACGAAAGAAGAGCAGCUCAACCUGACUCUGCCCAGGCUCUCGGAUGGCUCUUUUAAUCCCUGUCAGAUGUACAAGCCGGUGGAUUGGAAUCUGUCUGCUAUACAGGAAUAUGGGCUGAAUCAAACCACCACUUGUACUGAUGGAUGGGUGCAUAAUGAUACUAUUUAUGAGGCAACCAUUGUCACUGAUUUUGACCUUGUUUGUGAAAAUGUUAAUAUAUUUCGGGGCGCUCAAACCGUUUUCUUCGCUGGAGUGCUGGUUGGAGCUAUACUUUUUGGGCCCUUUUCGGAAUCGUUUGGCCGUAAACGAGCCACACAGAUUCCUAUGGUGCUGAUGCUCAUAUUCACAGUGGUGACUGGUCUCUCUCCGAACUUUUACGUGUACCUCGUGUCCCAGUUCAUUAAUGGUGUUGGUCUUGGAGGAUUUCGGAUCAACAGUAUUAUCCUUGCCUCCGAGUGGAUUGGAGUCGCCCAGAGAUCAUAUGCAGCAUGUCUCAGUCAGGUCCUGGCCGCUUUAGGACAGGUCAUGUUUCUUGCUGUUGUGUAUUUUGUCAGGGACUGGAGGUUGGACCAGUUCAUAAUGGCUGGUCCGAUUGGAAUUGUGGUCAUCUACAUAUGGUUUCUACCAGAGUCUGCCAGAUGGCUUCUUGACCGUGGACGAACUAAAGAUGCGAAAAAACUUAUUCAGAAGGCAGCGGCGGUCAACAAACGUGCAGUUCCUGAAUCAUUAGUGGAGGAGGUCCUAAAAGAAAAGCCUGUUGAAAAAGGAGGUAUUAAAAUUCUCUUUGGUUCCCGUGUGCUGAGGAAAUAUUUUCUAGCCAUUACCUUUGCAUGGUGUGCUUUAAAUUUAGCUUACUACAGCCUGUCUCUGAACGUGGGGAAGUUUGGACUUGAUAUAUUUCUUACUCAGCUGAUAUUUGGCUUGUCUGAGAUCCCCGUCCACUUCCUAUGCAUGUGGUCUCUGGAGGUGGUUGGGAGGAAGCCGUCUCUGAUCGUCUCUCUCGUGUUGGGAGGAUGUCUCUGUCUCCUGACUGUAGCAGUUCCUCAAAACAGCUCCAUCGCCAUCGCUGUUCUUGCCACAUGUGGAAGGUUCCUCAUGAAUGCAGCAGGGAGUGUUUGCAACGUUUAUUUUCAAGAACUGUUCCCCACAUCUAUUCGUCAGACAGCCACAGGUUUGGGCUCCACCGCUGCACGAGCCGGGAGUAUGCUGUCUCCUGUGGUGAACAUGUUGGAAAUUUUCCACUUCUCUAUCCCAAUGGUGGUGAUCUCCAGCCUGGCAUUAGCAAGUGGGGUAACGGCCUUCCUGCUGCCUGAGACCAGACGCACUGAACUGCCUGCUUCCACUGAGGAGGCAGAGGGAAAGAGGAAACCGAAACUAACUAGUCCUGCAACAAGAGACUGCGAAGACACCAAAGUAACCAAGUUAUAAUGUCUUCUCGAAAAAAUUGUCAGUAUUUCAUUCCAUAAAAGACUUUAAAGUGAAGUGUGCUGCUGUUUGUUUGCAUUCAUCAACACAUGUAACAUUAGUAGAUUCUGUGUUUUGUUAAUAUGUAAAAUAAUAUGCAAUAAACAUGAUGUAAAUUAUUGUUUUCUUUA